AUGUUUUGCAGUGUCUGCCGUGAGGGCUUAGAGGGCAUCUGGGACCCAUCGAAGACCAAGCGCGUUUGCCGAAUCACUGAGUUCAACGAGAAUUUCAAAGAGGAUGACGCCAUGAGUCGCGUUUGUCCACCACCUGGUACUGCUCCAAAUGAACACCCAUCGCAGUACAUGCUCGGCCACCAUCUUACAUUGGACUCCUAUAUGCAGUCUGUUGUUCAGGGAUGUAUCUUUUGUUCUCGAGAAGGUCAAGAGAUUGUCGAACAUUCGACAAUGAGUAAGCUGGGAUAUUAUUCCUUGUUUACUGUCAACCUAGACAAGGCCCUUAACCCCCGGAUGGAGAUAUUCAAACCCGGGGCUCGCCUUGGUUUUCAAUCAUUACCUGUCAUCGACGCUUCGCCCCAAGACUGUAAUAUGGAUAUCAGCCUAUCUACCGGAGACGCCAAGACUUGGGCUCUAAUCCAAGGGUGGGUUGACACAUGCAUUCAGAAUCAUGAACGAUGCAAUCAAACCAGCCGUGGAAAUUUUAUCCCAAACUAUCUUCUUCGACUGGAUGAGGCGAAGGGUCUGUUUCAUUUGGUCUCAUCUGGCCACCUCGCCCUCCAAUCUGAUAUCCGCUAUUGCACACUUACCCAUUGCCAUCGUGUUGAUAGUGGUGGCCUCCAACUUUCAACGGCCACACUUGAGCUCUUAUCUCGCCCACAACCGCUCUCCAUACUGCCCUUAGCCUACAGGGAUGCCUUUACUGUGGUUGCACGGCUUGGCCUUUCCUAUCUUUGGAUUGACUGCCUCUGUGUUCUUCAAGAUCAAGCUGAGCCACUCACCACUCUUCAGACCCAGGAUAUCUUUUCCAAUAGUUUCUGUGGGAUCGGUGCUUUAGCAUCAACUUCGCCAUCUUCCGGGCUGUUUACUCAACGGAAGCCCGAGUGCACUAUGCCCACUGUAUUUGAGUUUACUCUUAACGCUGAUGGGGACAAGACACUGGUGAAGUCUGAUGCAGAUACAAGGAAGUUUGUGGAUGAGCCCUUGAUUCAAACCGCAAAAGGAUUUCAAGAACGUCUCUUAACACCAAGAAUGAUACAUUUUGGUAGCUCCUUCGUCUAUUGGGAGUGUCACGGGUCUAUCUGUAAUGAGUUAUAUCCCUAUGGAAUUUUGUGCGAACCUUUUAGGUAUACAAGUGUGGAGGGACAGAAGCCAGUUACGGUCAGUCCGAAAUACAUAGCUGCUUACCCAACGAGGGUGCCACCUCGACCAGCAUGGAAGCCACUUCUCACCUCUCGACUCUUCCAUCAUCUUGUUGGUGAUGUCAAAAUCGACACCUUGAACAGAUGGUGGCAGCUUUUAGAAGCAUACACGAAAUGCAUUAUAUCAGCACCGGGCGAGAGACUGACUUGUAUCGAGAGUGCUGCUAUGGGUAUGAAAGCCUUGUUAAAGGAACAGGGCUGUGACGAUACCUAUCUUGCUGGAAUUUGGAAAGAGACAUUGCCUGCUAGCUUGCUCUGGACUCCACAGUCAAGUGGAACUCGACUAACCAGUUAUCGGGCCCCAUCAUGGAGUUGGGCUGCGGUAGAUGGAGGAAUUGACUAUGAGUAUGGGAGAAUGAGAGAAUUCAACAAUAGCCUGCUCUGUGAGCUUGUUGACGCCAACUGCCAUGAAGAAACAGGAUUAGUUGCGGGCGGCCAUCUUACCCUUAGGGGAAAAUUGGUCAGUGGGAGGUUCUUUGAAAAACCUGUCUGGUGGGCCGAUCUGCCUCAUAUCCUUCAGAUCAAAACGGAGACACAGAUGAGUAUCGUGGGACUAAGCGACCCUGGCACAGAUGUCAGCCUAACUCAGGCCCCAGAUGAGGCUGAUGGUAUAUUCAGCUGGUAUGUCCGUUUUGAUACUACGAAGGAUAUGAAGGAGGAAUCUCUCCUUGUCCCCAUUGGUACAGCUUUAUGCCUGAACAGUGACAGCUAUGAUGUCUUUGGGAUUGCGUUGAAGAGGCUGGAUAAUGGGUUAUUCACGCGUUGUGGUAUAUGGCAAAUUCCUGCAUCUUCUGAGAAGGAAGCGAAGGCGAUUUUCCAGAACGUACCAACCCAUGAAAUAACAAUUACUUAA